CACUCUUGCUCCGAUAAUCACCCGGCGAGAGCUCAAAAUCGAUAAAUUCGAUGAUUUAUUUAAUCGAAUACAGUUCUGUGAUGAUAAAUUGAUAUGGAAUCGAACUCUGCAGGUUGUAAAGCCCUCACUGAACAUCAGAAGUGAUGAUUUUGGGGCCGAUCAUGGUGAUGGGGCUGUCAUAACCUCCAGCCCAAGACCAUUUCCCCAGAACGAGAUCAAGAACAAUGAAGUUGUUUUCAUGUCAUGUCAAUAGGCGAUAGAACCUUUGAUUCGAACUUUAGGAGAGCUUUGGUAUUUUUAGUUUAGGGAUUAGGUGCAGUAUUCAACAAUGAGUAAUGACAAUGGGAAUAAGUUUAACCCCUGGCAGAGCUUGGAGACUAUAUCAACAUUUGAUAAUGGAAAUAAUUCGAGGACGACUCGACGUCUGGACGAGGCCCACGAUGGGGCAAGUGGUGGGCAAAUUGUUGGAAGAGUUGCUCCAUCGACGAGUCUCCUCAUCGAGUCUCUCCUCAAGAGCAUCUGUGCCAUGUUCGAGACGGAUCCAACGCGCAGGAAUAAAUUAUACUUCAUUCUGUGUGAUAAAUUGCACGAGAUGAGGCUGAUCGACAGCUCCUACAACAUGAUGGAGUUCGAGAGCAUGCGGGGACAGUACCAACAGGCCUGGUACAACCUUAUGACAGUGGCCAGGGCAGCUGCAGGAUCUGAGAGUAUUAUAGAAUUUCCAAAUUUAUCUCCCGACUGGUCUCGCUACGCAGUGGAGUUCGACGAGCGUGAGUUCAUCGCCUCCGGAGGGUUCGGCAACGUCUACCGAGCUGUUCACCGUCUCGACGGUCACGAGUACGCCAUAAAGAAGAUUGUGGUCAAGUCAGGCCGAGUGAAGAACAUUCUCCAGCAGCUGGAGGAAGUGAAGACCCUCGCCAAGCUCAACCACACGAACAUCGUCGCCUACAAAUGCGCCUGGAUCGAGCACAAUCUGCCCCACUCCCUCCGCCCCCUGGCCCCAGCAAAGUCCAGAACGAGAACGAAAAGAUCAUCCUUAAAACGUCUGUCCUCAGACACGAACUCCUGUGAGACACAAAGUGCUAAUCAGUUUAAGACAAGUUUCUCCUCCGAUCGCGUAAGAAGUGAUUCGGCCUCUCGUGUUGGUAUGUAUAUAAAAAAUUCAGUUAAUCAUCAAAUUAAUCGUGAGUGGGACAGCUAUGGCUCGACGUGCCAUUGUGAUGUUGCUAGUCAACGAUUUCAAGAAUUCAAUUCCACGAUCGAUAUUAUAGGCAGGAGGAUCGACGGGAUUGUGGAUGGGGUGUCGGUGGAGAGGCAAAAUUCUGAUGUUGUGUCUUUUAGAAAUGACGACGGGGAGAAUGUGGAUGACCGCAGUGUCAGCUCUGACAGCAGUGAUAUCGAGGAGAUUCAGUCGCCCUUACACACGGACGAAGGGCGUGGGAGAAUUUGCCCGUAUUAUUCUCCGAGAGUUAGAUAUGCUACAAUUUAUAUUCAAAUGGCUCUCUGUGAGAAAACGUUGCGGGCCUGGUUGGACGAGAGACUGGAGGCCACACCAGAGCCAAUAGCUACAACAAUCCUGAAACAAAUACUCGAUGGGCUACAUUACAUGCAUUCUCGAGACAUUGUACAUCACGAUAUCAAGCCCAGCAAUAUUUUCAUCGGUGCCAUUGGCCAGCGAGUUGAAAUUCAAGUUGGAGACUUUGGAUUGGCCUGCCCUCGUAAAAGCGAGAGUCAUCAUCCCGUUUUUGGAACGGAACUGUAUGCCGCACCUGAACAACUCAAUGGACAGUGCAACCCUAAAAGUGAUCUCUAUAGCCUUGGAAUAGUGCUUUUCGAGAUAUUCUUCCCUAUGAAGACCGGAAUGGAGAGAAAUUCUCUGAUUACUCAACUGAAAUCGGGAAAAAUGCCAGGAGAAUUCAUAGAAAAAAAUCCUAAAUGGUCUGAUACCAUAAAACGACUUCUGCUCGUCGAUCCCACCCGACGCCCCUCAACCACUGAAUUAUUACACAAUUUGAACGCUGAUAAGGACUCUAUCAUAGCUGAAUUGACAAAUAGGAUAAAAGAGAAAGACGUUGUCAUCGAUAAUUUGAGAAUGGAGAUUAAAGAGCUGAGGCUCAAGCUCGACAAAGUUGAACUGGUGAAAACACUCCAGAUGCCAUGAGACUACACAGAAGGAUCCCCUCCUCAAAUGAAAAUAAUCAAAUGAAGUUGUACAUACGUUUUCGUGGAAAAGAGAACUAUCGAUAAUUCUAGGAACAAUUUUUUAUACUUUUUAGAUAAUUCAACUAUUUUAUUAUUCACAUUUUUGAAAAUUCAUCGCCAAAUAUCAUGAAUAACUUGUUUACCAGUUUUUGUAAGAGACGAAUGAAUAAAUCGAUUCAAUUGUUGACUGA